AUGUUCUAUACAGUUGAUUUCAAUACCGUUGCACAGGAAUUCUGUACCUUCUACUACCAACAAUUCGAUGCUGACAGAAGCCAGUUGGGUAACUUGUACAGAGACCAAUCCAUGUUGACUUUUGAGACUUCUCAACUUCAAGGUGCUGCGUCUAUUGUGGAAAAGUUGGUUAACUUGGGUUUCAAAAAAGUGGUACACAAGAUCACGACUUUAGAUGCUCAACCUGCUUCCCCCAGCGGUGAUAUAUUGGUAAUGGUUACCGGUGAGUUACUCAUUGAUGAUGAGUCUAACCCCCAACGUUACUCUCAAUGUUUCCACUUGGUUCCUGAAGGUAACUCCUUUUUUGUCUUCAACGAUAUCUUUAGAUUGAACUACGCUUAA